GGCUGACUUUGUUUUCCAGUCACAGAGUUUGCUGCCAGCCGAGAUAACGGAUGAUGUCGAGGUUUAAGUGCGUCCACAGCAAUGCGUCAUGUGAUUGAAGGAGAGGAAGUGACCGCUCACAAUGCUUUCUACUCACACGAGUGAAACCGGGCCGGACCCAAAGGAAGUGAAACAGUGGAUAAAGAAGAAGUUGGCUCUUUCACUUAAAGCUCUACAGAAACACUACGUGACCUCUGACACUGUUGUGACAAGUGAUGACAGCGAUGCCAAUGCUUUGUGCUGUGCCUUAGAAGCGGUUUUCAUUCACGGAAUAAAAAACAAGUACAUUAAAUUUGAAAACAAUGGAAGAGGGAAGAAAGGCUUCAGAGGUCCUCUGCCUCAACCUGGCUUUUGGGUUUUAUUAAAAACCAUUACUCACCGGGAUGUAAUUACCGAGCUGGAGCACUUGAACUUCAUCAACACCGAUGUCGGCCGUUGCCGAGCUUGGGUGAGGUUGGCCCUGAACGAUGGUCUCAUGGAGUGCUACCUGGUGUCUUUGAUCCGCGAGCGGUCAAAACUCCUGGGAUAUUACCAGCCAUCAGCCCUGCUGCUUGACGCAGAGGAGCGCGAGGUUCUCCUGAGUUACCUACAGGGCUUGACGUCACUCUCCUUCCAAUUGUCUUACAAGUCAGCGGUUCUGAACGAAUGGACCAUUACGCCGUUGGUCCUGGCCGGUCUCUGCUCCUGCUCGGAUCCUCUAGACCUUCCAGUUUUGACAGAAUCUGAACACAAAGCAAAAGACUGCUGGGACUCCGUGUUACAGUCUUCAGACUCCGACAUAAUUGAAGUCCACCAUAAUUCAGGCUCCAGUUCAUCACACGGCAAGAAUCUGGUUAAAAAUAAGUUGACAUCUUCCACACUGAGCCUGGACACUACCAGCUCCUCGCAGCUUUCGUCGAGUUUGAGUUCGGACAGCCUUUUGCAGGUCAGCAGCACCAAAAGCCCAGAUAAGUCUUCUGAAGAGCCCUGGUCAUGUGAUUCGGACAAAUUUGAUCAGAGGUACGAGUUCUGUGAGAACAUUCAGAAUUCCCUGAAGGGUUCAGUGGAUCUGUUGAACCAGGGACAGGACAUCCCGCCUGAGGCGGCACCAGAGUAUGAUAAAGAGUACCUGCAGUCCUCGCUGGCUGCUGAAGACCAUGGAGUGGAUGGCAUUUUACCUUUCAAAGUUUCAUUUGGCAGCGUGGAUGAACUAAACGCCACUGUUGAUGAACCUGCACUAAAAGUGGCACCAGAAGAAACCAAAAUUCUAGAGGUAAACCAAAAAAAGCACGAGUGUGUCAAGGCUCCCUCUUCUGUCGACGCAGUAGCCAGCAGGCCGGAAAUCCGCAACACGCCACAGCUGACCCUAAGGAGGGCGAGCUCUUCGGACGGCUCUUUACCCGUCAGCUCAAGUCUUCCAAAAAGCAGAAGCUGGAUCUCUGAAGAUGAUAUCUAUAAACCUUCUGCUGAGGAGAAAACCACCGAGAAGCUGGCAGUGCUCAGUACCAGCACAAAUGAAGGAAGUGAAGGAGUGCCCCUAAAUUUGGAUCCCGCAUGUGGCAGCAGCAGUGCCAACAGUAAACUGGCCCCAUCUCCAGAGCCCAAGCUCUUUAGGGUUGUUCACCGCCGGCAGAUUGGUCUGUCCAAUCCAUUCCGUGGACUCCUUAAGCUUGGCAAUUUAGAGCGGAGAGGGGCGAUGGGAAUCUGGAAGGAGUUUUACUGCGAGCUGUCGCCAUUCGAGUUCCGUCUAUACCUGAACGACGACGAGCGAACUUGUGCGGAAAACUGCUCCCUUUUACGGUGCGAGUCCGUGGUGCUGGCCGGCAAUGAUGGCCGCUUUGAUGUCGCCUUCUCCAGUAAGAGGCUGUACCUGCGGGCCCCCUCUAAAGACGAGGCCGAAGACUGGGUGGAUCGUCUAAAGGAGGCCUUCUUGAAGUGUCGACCUCAGCAGCAGGAGGAGCACUGGGAGAUCCUUACUGUCCCAGCUUCCAGUAAACCUCUCAGCAGUGCAGAAAAUGGCCUGCCAUCUUCUCAUCAGCCCAGCAGCACACAAGAAGUUAAGCCAGAGCUUGUCUUGGACUGGACGCGCCACACCCAACCGGAGCAGGAUGCCAUCAAGGAGUCUGUCCUGUACAUCUUCCGAGAAAACACGUGGCUCCCCUUUGUGUUUUCCUUGUCUCUGGAAGCUUUGAAAUGUUUUAAACUUACAGGGCAGAAAAAACAGCUACAGGAGAAGUACCUGAUUGAGAAAAUCCGAGAUGUUGUGCCGGACAUGUCCCUCGGCGGGCCGUCGUUUUUUAAAAUUUUAACUUCAAAGGCCACCUUAAAGUUGCAAGCGGAGAACAAACGGGAGGCAAAGUCCUGGCGGGAGCUAAUCCGGGGCACGAUAACCGCGUACCUGGAAACGGCCGAGGAUGCCCUGUCACCAGGGGGAGGAGAUGGGAAUCUGCAUAGGCUUGUCCAGUACAGCCUGAAGGAGAACAGCGCCUUCCUGCAGCAUCUCGACAACGUCCCAGUGCAGAGGGGUCUGGAUGCACAGAAUUUCAAGUGUGCCGGCUGUCCCAGACAGAUUGGGUUUUCAUUUGGAAGGUCAACGCUGUGCGAGUUCUCUGGGCAGUACUACUGUGACUCGUGCCACCAGGACGACGAGGCCAUCAUACCUUCGAGAGUCAUUCACAACUGGGACCUGCAGAAGAGAGUGGUGUCUAGACAAGCUGUGGAGUUCUUUGCCCAAAUUCAGUUUGAACCCUUGAUAAACAUCGAGAAUGUAAACCCCAGCUUGUAUGACCACACCGAGCAGCUGGCCAGUAUCUACGAGAGCCGCCAGAAGCUGAAGUUGCUGGGAGACUACCUGAUGACUUGUCGAAGCGGCGCCAUGAAGAUGAUGCAGGCCAAGAUGGAAAAGAGGACCUACCUGCUGGAAUCUGCUCACCUGUACAGCAUUGCCGACCUUGAAGAGGUGGCAGAAGGCCAGUAUGAAGCCUUUCUCCAGUCUCUUAUUCAGACUGCUUCCAAUCACGUGUAUGGAUGUGAUCUCUGUUUCCAAAGAGGAUUCAUCUGCCAGAUGUGCAACCACAGCGACAUCAUCUUCCCAUUUGAGUUCGAAGCUACCACCCGGUGUAAGGACUGCAAGGCCGUUUUCCACUCCACUUGCAAAACGCCAUCCACUCCGUGUCCCCGCUGCCUGCGCCGGCUGAGGUACCUGGAGCGGGAGCUACAAGACUAGAGGGCAGGGGGAGGGGGACCGGACCACCUUUUUAUAAAAGAUGAGGACAGCGUCAAGCCUUGUGUCACAGCAGACGGGACUGUCACGGAUGUCACACGUGGGGUUGGCACUGAGAGGCCCAGCUGUGCUGUGCGGUUCAUCUGGGCUCUGGACUGGAGAGCUGACGUGACUGCGUUGGAUUUCUGAGUAGCACUUUGAGUUGACACUGACUGACUGACUGAGUGAUGUUGGGGCGGAGGACGGACUGAGACGCCAUCUCUGCUCCUCUUAGCCUUUUGUUUUUUACUGUUUGAUCAUCGUUACGCACCACAGCUCCGCAAAUUCUGUCGUCAUCCCCCCCACAACCUGUUCCACCACCCCACCGUCAAGUCACAUUUGAAUCGUCAUUCAAGCAGGAAAUCCAAAAUGCAGGACUUUCAUGCAGAAUUACAAUAUCCGGAUUUCGUUUCUGUUUUGUUUCUUCCCACAUUUCUAUUUAUUUUUUUCCAGUCGUAGACCAUCGGGAGUAAACUGUGGCUGCAGGAUCCUGAUGAGCGGCUUGUUCUGCACAUUUUGGUCUUGCGCGCCUAUUCUGCUCCGGGGUCCGCCACCAUUUCACUUUGCUGUGUUUGUGUAGCAGUCGCGUGUUUUUUUUUUUGUUUUUUUUUUAAUUUUCCUCUUCACCUCACGCAUUAAGAACCUUCUUGAAAUUUCCUCACACAGUGAAGUUUCUCCAUAAGGUGCCAAACACAAACUUGGGAAACCUUUCUUUGCUUCCCGAGCAGAGACUGUUGGACGACUUUUUAUUUAAUUUUUUUUGUCACACGAUUCAUUAAAUCAUUUGGCCGACCUCUCAUGCCAAGAUCACGUUUGGUGCUAAAUGAAGAGAAAACUUUUGCCUUUCGCCACCUUGGUAGGGAUGAAGUCUUCCAUUCCGGCGUGCGGCUCUUCGUCAGUCCACCUUCUGCAUUCCUAGCCGGAAACGGCAAAGUGAAGACGUUUACUCGGACUGAUUUUAACGUUCGUUUUUGUUUUUUUUAAUUAUCUUUAUGUACAUGAAGAUCACAACAUGUGGCCUCGCUGUACCAUACAAAUAGUUUCUCUCGCACACUCAGGAGCACUCGGGCGUGAAGACGUCAGAAGAAUAUUUAUUUAGACUUUUGUGGGAGCCUUUUACGGUGCCUUGACUUGUUUAUAUGGACAUAUAUUUUUUUUUAUUAUUAUUAUUAUUAGUGAAAUGCAUUUCUUGAUAAUAUAAAUGGUUAGCAUGUAAAUCUCUUAU